CCCGAAUGUGUUCCAUUUGAAAGAAAAAUAACAAAAAUAAAUUUCUCCAUAACCGGAAUCAAACCCUCAACAUUUUCCCCUAUAAAUUCUUAGCUGAACCGGGUCAACAACUUCAUCACUUCACUCAAAAACUCAAAAAAAAUGGCAAUUUCCACCAUAAAUUUCGGCAUUUUAGGCUGUGCAGACAUCGCACGUAAAGUCUCCCGCGCAAUACUCCUUUCACAAAUCGCCACACUCACAGCAAUCGGAAGCCGUUCACUGGAAAAAGCAAAUAAAUUCGCCGCCGAGAACAAUUUCCCAGCGACGGCUAAAGUAUACGGAAGCUAUGAAGAAGUUGUAAAUGACCCGAACGUCGAUGCAGUAUACGUGCCUUUACCAACGAGUUUACAUGUGCAGUGGGCUGUUCUUGCAGCCGAGAAGAAGAAGCACUUGUUGUGUGAGAAGCCUGUUGGAUUGAAUGUUGAAGAAGUUGAUGUUAUACUGAAAGCGUGUGAGAGUAAUGGGGUGCAGUUUAUGGAUGGAACUAUGUGGAUGCAUCAUCCUCGUACGGCUAAGAUGAGGGAGUUUCUUAAUGAUGAAGGCCAAUUUGGACAACUUAAAUCGGUAAACACUUGUUUCACAUUUGCUGCUGAUCCCAAUUUCCUUGAAAAUGACAUUCGUGUAAAACCAGAUCUUGAUGCUCUUGGUGCUCUUGGAGAUGUUGGGUGGUAUUGCAUUAGGGGAAUUCUGUGGGCUACAGAUUUCGAGCUUCCCAAAUCAGUAGUCGCUUUACGCAACCCUGUGCUGAACAAGGCGGGAGUGAUUAUAUCAUGCGGUGCUUCUUUAACGUGGGAAGACGGGAAGGUGGGAACUUUUCACUGCUCUUUCCUAUCCAACUUGACAAUGGAUUUAACCGCUGUUGGAACGAAGGGCACGUUGCACCUUCAUGACUUUGUUAUCCCUUAUGAGGAGCACAAAGCUUCGUUUAUCUCAGCAGUAGAAUCUGGAUUUAAAGAACUUGUUACAGGGUGGGAACCAAAACCAAGCGAGCACACAAUCACGGCAGACAUUCCCCAAGAAGCUCUCAUGGUGAGGGAAUUCUCAAGGCUGGUUGGACGUAUUAAAAAUGAAGGCGCAAAACCUGAGAAAAAGUGGCCAACUCUUAGCAGGAAGACAACUCUGGUUUUGGAUGCUGUUAAGGCAUCAAUUGAAAAAGGUUUCGAACCUAUGGAGAUUGUAAGUUGAUGAUUAUAAGGUAUUCUGGUUGUUACCAAUGCUAUUGUCACAAAGAUUGGAUUCUUCUGUAAAUUGUUGUUAAGAUUUAAAUGUUUCGACAUUCUUCUAUGGCUGCAUCCAAUAAAUAAUCAAACUUUGUGUAAGACCCCAUAAAAAUUUCAACGAAUUUAUUUUUGACC